UUUAGCUCAAAUGAUAUUGUGGGUGAUCGUAUUUUGAUAGAGAGGGAUGGAAAGUUUGAGUUGGUUGAUGCGUCAGAAGUAAAAGCAGAAUACUUUCAGAUGAUGGGAAUAGAGGAGGACCUAGGUAAAGAAUCGUCACCAGAAGAGAAGCCACCUUUGGAGUCUGCAAAAUCAAUGAAGGAGGACUCAACGAAAAAUAACCCAAGUAACAGGACAUCCCCAAGGCCAAAAACUUCCCCACUGAAAGCUGGCUCAAGCAAAGUGCCCCAAAAAAGUAGAGCAAAGAGCUCGUAUGCGAGGGAGAGAAAUUAUGAUGAAUAUUCACAUAUAAAAUCCAGAUAUGCCAUGACUGAUCAUCAGUUGGAAAUGAAAAGGCGCAGGGAAGAGGCCAUUGCAAGAAGGAAAAAAGAAGAAGAUGAACGGCUUCAGGAAGAGAAUAACAGGAAGCGUGAUGAAGCAGAAAAGGCAUUCCAGGCUUGGUUAAAGAUUAAAAAUGAAGAGGCUCUUGAAAAGAGAAAGUAUUUGGGUUUAAAGAAUGAUUCUAAAUUGAAAGAAGAUAGAAAUAAAGCUGCGCAAGAUGCAUAUGAGGUUUGGUUGCAUGAAAAGUCCAAACAGAAAAAGCAAGAAAAGGAAAUGGAAAGAAGAAAAUUUGAAGAGGAAGUGUCAACAUACGUUAUAAGAGAAAGACAGACAUGUGAGGAAGCAUUCAACAGAUGGCUAAAGAAAAAGCGAAUAGAAGAAAAGAAGAAACUUGCUGCAAAGAAACCAAGAAGGCAACGAAAGGCAAAGAAAAAGGGUUCAACUGACCCAAAACCUAUCAAUACAUCAGCAAUAAGGUUCACAGAUUACUACGGAUAUAGAAAUACCGUCGCUUUGUAAAUCAAGAAGCCUAUGGUCGUGCCCUUGCGCAAGUGCGCUGUCUUGAUCUCAUCAAAGAUAGAUUUAUGGCUUCGUGCAGAAAAGGGUCGUGAAAUCUCCAAAGAAACACUCCUGAAGUAAAAGCUUUCUAUUAAUGCUUUAUUGAUUUGCUUUUUUUGUUAUAAUUUUUUAGUCUCUAAGUAUCACAGUAUUGAUUUGCUCCUUUUCAAAAUGCUGCGUCCAUGGAAGCUUUCGGCAUCCAAUCCCGCGUAUAUGCCAGCUCCGAUUCUCCAACGAAUGAUCUAUCUGGAUUCCCAGCUAAUUCAGGUGGUUUUUGGUUGAAACGUUUAGUAGCAAACAUAGAAGAUUUUUAAUAAACAAAGUAUGAGCUCUCUGGAAUUAUCCACACUGAAAUGUUUGGGUCGGGGGAGGUUUCCCAUACCACUUUAUUGUAAUACCUGGCAAACCUAGAGUCCUUCAUCUGGAAGAUUUUUGCCUACCAUAGUUAAACAUCAAAGAAAUCUUCGGAGAUUGAUGUGAAUAUCGGUGUAAAAUAUUUGUUGGAAUUGCACACUUCUCGUAUCAAGAGCUUUUUUACUGAAGAACGAAGUUAAUAAUCAAGGUGUGAUGAGAGUAUAUAUGAUACAAAGCUAUAACCUUGAUAAUAUUGGUCUUAUAGGAGCAUCUACUUUUUGAAUUUUAUGUUUGUAAUAGAAAGCUAGCGAUCUUUCACUGGUAUAUAUUGUGAGAUUUUUGUUAAUGAGUUAAUUGUAUAUUUUUGUUAAUAAGUCUCGAGAACGUUCAUAACUUGGAAACCUGUUUUAAUUGCUUUGUCCGUUGGAAAUUCUUUUCAGCAUUUUGCAUCUUUCAGUUGAUCACU